AUGCCCACACCCUCUCCAUACCCACACCCUCUCCAUGUCCACACCUUCUCCCUACCUACACCCUCUCCAUACCCACACCCUCUCCCUGCCCACACCCUCUCCAAACCUACACCCUCUCCAUACCUACACCCUCUCCCUACCUACACCCUCUCCAUGCCCACACCCUCUCCAUGCCCACACCCUUUCCAUACCCACACCCUCUCCAUGUCCAUACCUUCUCCCUACCUACACCCUCUCCAUGCCCACACCCUCUCCCUGCCCACACACUCUCCAUACCUACACCCUCUCCAUGCCCACACCCUCUCCCUGCCCACACCCUCUCCAUACCUACACCCUCUGCAUACCUACACCCUCUUCAUGCCCACACCCUCUCCAUGCCCACACCCUCUCCAUGUCCACACCCUCUCCAUGCCCACACACUCUCCAUACCUACACCCUCUCCAUUUCCACACCCUCUCCAUACCUACACCCUCUCCAUGCCCACACCCUCUCCAUGCCCACACCCUCUCCAUGUCCACACCCUCUCCAUGCCCACACCCUCUCCAUGUCCACACCCUCUCCCUGCCCACACCCUCUCCAUACCUACACCCUCUCCAUGCCCACACACUCUCCAUGCCCACACACUCUCCAUACCCACACCCUCUCCCUGCCCACACCCUCUCCAUAACCACACCCUCUCCAUGCCCACACCCUCUCCAUGCCCACACACUCUCCAUACCUACACCCUCUCCAUACCCACACCCUCUCCCUGCCCACACCCUCUCCAUACCUACACCCUCUCCAUGCCCACACCCUCUCCAUACCUACACCCUCUCCAUGCCCACACACUCUCCAUGCCCACACACUCUCCAUACCCACACCCUCUCCAUACCCACACCCCCUCCAUACCCACACCCUCUCCCUGCCCACACCCUCUCCAUAACCACACCCUCUCCAUGCCCACACACUCUCCAUGCCCACACACUCUCCAUGCCCACACACUCUCCAUGCCCACACACUCUCCAUACCCACACCCUCUCCAUGUCCACACCUUCUCCAUAA